AUGGCCGCCGUGGACAGCUUCUACCUGUUGUAUAGGGAGAUCGCCCGGUCUUGCAACUGCUAUAUGGAAGCCUUAGCUUUGGUCGGAGCCUGGUAUACGGCCAGAAAGAGCAUCACCGUCGUCUGUGACUUCUACAGCCUCGUCAGGCUGCAUUUCAUCCCUCGCCUGGUGAGCAGAGCGGACCUGAUCAAGCAGUACGGGAGAUGGGCUGUCGUCAGUGGUGCCACUGAUGGGAUUGGAAAAGCCUAUGCCGAAGAGCUCGCGAGCCACGGUCUCAAUAUUGUCCUGAUCAGUCGGAACAGAGAGAAGUUGCAAGUUGUUGCUAAAGACAUAGCUGACACCUACAGAGUGGAAACCGAUGUUAUAGUUGCAGACUUCAGCAGUGGCCGUGAGAUCUACGUCCUGAUUCGAGAAGCCCUGAAAGACAAAGAGGUUGGCAUCUUGGUGAACAACGUGGCUGCGUUCUACCCCUACCCCCAGUAUUUCACUCAGGUCUCCGAGGACACGCUUUGGGACAUCAUUAAUGUCAACAUGGCCGCGGCCAGUGUGAUGGUCCACAUCGUGUUACCAGGAAUGGUGGAGAGAAAGAAAGGUGCAAUUGUCACCAUCUCUUCCGGCUCCUGCUGCAAGCCCACUCCCCAGCUGGCUGCCUUUUCUGCUUCUAAGGCUUAUUUAGAUCACUUCAGCAGAGCAUUACAAUACGAAUAUGCUUCCAAAGGCAUCUUUGUACAGAGUCUGAUCCCGUUCUACGUCGCUACCAACAUGACUGCUCCCAGGAGCUUUCUGCACAAAUGCCCAUGGCUGGUGCCUUCACCCAAAGUAUACGCACAUCAUGCCGUUUCUACCCUCGGGAUUUCCAAAAGGACCACAGGCUACUGGUCCCAUUCCAUUCAGUUUCUUUUUGCACAGUACAUGCCCGAGUGGCUCUGGGUGUGGGGAGCAAACAUUCUCAACCGCUCUUUACGAAAGGAGGCCUUAUCCUGCCAAGCAUGA